AAUUACAUGCGGGUUGUUGCUGAAACUUUUAUUAUAGAAUAAACAAAGUUUAGACUGUUUUUAAAAGUUCCAUGAACUUAAAAAAAAUAUUGUGAUAAAAAAACUAAAGUGGUGAAGGAUGGAUUAGAACUCGGGUCGCUGUGCUAACAGACACCACCCAGCCCACACUGUCGAGCCACCUCCCUCGGUCAUGUGCACGGCCAGGCACCUCAAGUCACGUGAUACACAGGUGGCCCCAUGUCUCACUUCUACUCCAAGUUCGUGUUCUCGAUAAACGCCACCACCAAAAUAGCCACCAUCCCCAGCGCCAGCAGCACCACCACCACCAUCACAGCCACCCCCAUCGCGGUAGUAGCCGGCGUCCUAAGUGACUCCAUGCGCAGGGAGGCGAUGGACGUGGUCGUCGCUAAGAUCAUCUGCCUGCUCAUCCUGACCAUCCUCUCCGUGCUGUCCGGCCUGCUACCCCUCAGGCUGCUCAUACACACCCCACACCUCUUCACCAGGGGCAGGAACUCGGUCGAUUACUUCCUCUGUGGGUUGCGGCUCUUCUCUGGAGGAAUUUAUCUGGCAACUUGCUUCCUCCACCUGAUGCCCGACACGCGGAUCAAGAUGGACGCCGUCAUGAAGAACAUGGGCUCCAUGACGACCUACGCGGUGCCAGAGCUUCUGGUCAUGUCAGGGUUCUACGCCGUGGUCUUUGUGGAGCAGAUCAUUCAGGCGCUGUACGUGAAAGCCCAACAGUCCGACAUUUACCGCAAACAGAAAAAGGCGCAGAAAAAGUCCAAGCCGGAACCGGAGCCUAAGAAACCGGUGCCGGUGUUCCGGUCGACGCUGGACGAUGACGUCAGUCAGGACAACAACAACAUUGACCACACGGAGCACAAGCGGUACAAUGACGACGAUGACGAUGAUGAUGAUGACGAUAACGUGCUGAUUGAAGACGAGGAGGACCUGAGUUUUGAGGAAACCGAUUCUGACCGAAACAGCCUGGACUCGGUCACGCAGCUGAAAGAGAACCUUCUGGAAAAAGACGAUGUCUUUGAGAAACCAGACACCCAGCAUCGGUCGCAGCACAACAGUACGGGAGUAGACCAGCACAACGGCAUCAACAAUACCAGCUACCAUCCUCAGCACACCAUCCAUCAUUCCAAGCCUCAAAACGAGGCCGAUAAUCAAGUACUGAAAACAUUUGGACAAACACACAUACACACCGUGCCGAAAAUAGUCAUGGGGAAUUCCCGACCCUACCAGAACUCGGGCCCUCCUAUGAUACACGCGCGCAUCCAGCAGCAGUCACCACAGCAGACUGUGCGACACCAGCUGCAAAAUCACGUGACCAUUCAAGAAGAGAAGAAGCAAACGCGGUACGACGCGACCACGCCACGCUCCACAUCACCCCCACUCCCGCCCCACCCCCAGUACUACACCCAGCAGGACAGGCAGCAGCACCCCCACCCCCACACAACCUCCCAACCCUCCUCCACCCCCGCAGGCGAGACCACCCAGCUCUGGCCGCCCAUCUCAUCGCUCCACCAACACGAUGACAUCGACGACAACAAUGAAAAAAACAAACCAAACCACUCCUACCGCGGCCACCUCGCCCGUGAUCAAACCAAAAACAAUGACGUAGACAGAAACAAAAUGUCCGACACGGACCGGACUAGUGAAACGGACCGGCAGAAAUUACCGGAUGUGGAAAGAGGGCGUAGCUACGACGCUGAGACGGCUUCACUAAGACGGCUUAGUGAAGACGACAAAGACAGCGAGGCAGGGGUGGGGACGCCCGCCCGAAAUGGCGACACCGUCGACGCUGAGCUCCAAAGACCAAUCCAUUCUACGUCGAGGGACGCGAGCUUCGACCGCAUAUCCGAUUCGAGCUCAGUCAUGCAAGACAUUCAAGUCAAACGAGUCGUGGACGAGCUUAGCCGCACGGACGAUGUGGACGAGCUUAGCCGCACGGACGAUUCCAGAGCUCACUUCAGGUCCAUCAUUUACAUAAUGGCACUGUCAUUCCACGGCAUCUUCGAGGGCAUGGCUCUGGGCCUGCAGAGCAUGAAAAGCAGCGUCUGGUCGCUGUGUUUCGCCAUAGUCGUCCAUAGGUGUGUCUUAGCCUUUAAACUCGGCAUGGACCUCUGUCGAGGGGAAGAAAAACAAGGGACAGCACUCCUGUGUAUAGGCAUGUUCACGCUUAUCUCCACUUUAGGCAUCAUUAUUGGUAUUUUAAUCUCCUCUGGUGCCUCGCUGUACUCGGACGUUUCCGUGCCUGAAGCCAUUCUACAGAGUCUCGCGACUGGAACUAUUUUUUACAUUGUUUUCUUCGAUAUCCUCUUCAAAGACCUGGAAGGUAAAGACGAUUUAAAACGAGUCUCAAGCUCAUUUGUCGGCUUCUCUCUGAUGGCUAUAGUCUUUGCAAUCACCCGGAGCUGAGGCGAAAUCCUACUCUGUUUUCAGCAUUGCUUUUUGUGUUGACCAUCUACCAUUUUCAUUACAACCAGAACAUGGAGUAGACGAGGGAGGGGGUAAUCUAAAGAAAGAUCAAAACUUAAAUCUGAACCGGUGUUAUUUGGAUAUUUUUAAAAACAAAAAAAUGACCAUCAAAAUCGACCAAACGAUCAUUUUAAUUCAUGUUUGGUUUCACCGUUUAAGAAAUCUGGCUAUGAUAAUCUAUUUUAAAAUUCUAAAAAUGUUACCGUGAAUUUAUCUUUUUGUGAUAUUGAAGUAAAGUUUUUAUUUUUUACUAUUUGAGAAAGCAGAUUGUAACUUAUUCUUCAUCAUUAAAGAUGUAUAUAUUUA